CAUCUGCGCAUGCGCCAGGAACCGCCGAGCCGUUGGCGUUGUGAACGGCGUCGUAUGAACGAGAAAGGAGUCAGUCCCUGGGCAGCUGAAUUCAUCCACCCCGAGUCCCGGGAGGCCAAUCAAAACUACGGGAAGGAACCUGCCCGAGGCCGGCUCCGGCAUACCUGGACGACUUUGUUUGCCCCUCGUUAAUUUUUGAAAGUGCUGCCUGGUUUCUGGGGAAACGGAAGCCUCUGAGUGAGUGUCGGGGCUGUGAAGAAAACUGCUGCUCGGUCAGAGAGAGAGGGGAGGCCGGGGGUUGGGGGGGGGAUACAACCUGCAAGAUGGGCUGUACGCUGAGUACCGAGGACAAAGCGGCAGUGGAGAGAUCCAAAAUGAUCGACAGAAACCUGCGGGAGGACGGGGAGAAAGCGGCCAGAGAAGUCAAACUGCUGCUGCUGGGUGCUGGCGAAUCUGGCAAAAGUACCAUUGUUAAACAGAUGAAGAUUAUACAUGAGGCUGGUUAUUCAGAAGAAGAAUGCAAACAAUAUAAAGCUGUUGUCUACAGCAACACCAUUCAAUCUAUUAUUGCCAUUAUUCGAGCAAUGGGAAGGUUGAAGAUAGACUUUGGUGAUUCUGCAAGAGCAGAUGAUGCUCGUCAGUUGUUUGUAUUGGCCGGUGCAGCAGAAGAAGGGUUUAUGACUGUGGAGCUUGCUGGAGUAAUCAAGAGACUCUGGAAGGAUAGUGGUGUUCAGGCCUGCUUUAAUAGGUCCAGAGAAUAUCAGCUUAAUGACUCUUCUGCAUAUUAUCUGAAUGACUUAGACAGAGUAGCACAACCAAGUUACAUUCCAACUCAACAAGAUGUUCUAAGGACCAGAGUUAAAACAACGGGCAUUGUGGAGACCCAUUUCACAUUUAAGGACCUUCAUUUUAAAAUGUUCGAUGUGGGUGGCCAGAGGUCUGAGCGCAAAAAAUGGAUCCACUGCUUUGAAGGAGUAACUGCCAUUAUAUUUUGCGUGGCACUCAGUGAUUACGACCUUGUUCUUGCAGAGGAUGAGGAAAUGAACCGAAUGCAUGAGAGCAUGAAGCUGUUCGACAGCAUCUGUAACAACAAGUGGUUUACAGACACAUCUAUCAUUUUAUUCUUGAAUAAGAAGGAUCUUUUUGAAGAAAAGAUUAAAAGAAGCCCCCUUACAAUUUGCUAUCCUGAAUAUGCAGGAUCAAACACAUAUGAAGAGGCUGCAGCAUAUAUACAAUGUCAAUUUGAAGACCUGAACAAACGAAAAGACACUAAGGAAAUCUACACUCACUUCACAUGUGCCACAGACACCAAAAAUGUGCAGUUUGUGUUUGAUGCAGUCACUGAUGUCAUCAUAAAAAAUAACUUAAAGGACUGUGGUCUGUUUUAAAGCUGUUGAAGGGAUUGAUUGAAAAUAGCUAUUCAGUUGACUUGAAUCUGCUUCUGAAUAUAAGAGAAGAUAUGCUGAAUGGACCAGUACUGUACAAUUUGCCAGUUGUAACAGCUUUAUUUAUGUUUGUCUUGUAAAUUUUUUAAGUAAUUAGGAUAGUCUACAUUGAGCAUUUUUGUGUUUAAUUUUGUAUGUAUACCUGUAACUGUAGCUAUGUUUAUUGUAAAACGUUUUUCAAUUUUUUUCCUCUGACCUUCACUAUUCCUUUCAGAGGAAGAAAGAUGAGCCCUUAGCUUAUCUAAGAAAAGGCUGAUUACACAAUACAUUUCUUUUUCCAACUUUGUUAAUUCUGCAUGCCUUUUUAAUUGUAUAACAUACUUUGCUUGGCAGAAUGUAGAAUGAAUCGUUUAUGCUAAUGGGUUUAUUGUGAUCACCUUAUUUUCUCUCAAUGAUUGAAAGCACACCUCUGUGCACAGCUCCAUUUCUGAAGGGUUUUAUCAAUUAACUCACUGCUCAUUACAGCAGAUAGAGUACUAAAAAUCUUUGUUGUGCAUUGCCUUAAAGGUAGUGCCAAAGUUUUAUACAUUUUAAGCUGAAAUAAACUGAGUUUUUGUUUGUAAAUAGGACUUAACAUUUGUAUAUGUAUUCUUUUGAAAGUAUCCGUGAGCAUUUGGGGGUUGGCGGGAAAGCAGUGUGACCAGACAUAUUAUUGAAUAUAAUUGCAGUGACUCAGGCUGUGUUGAAAAACUUCUGAGUAUUUGAGCUCCGGUAUAUGUUUCACCACAAAAGUUGUCUAAACUUAAGGGGAAAGAAUAACCUUUCUUCUGUAACAUGGAAACUUAAAAUAAAGAUUGGAGCUCCAUGGUUAAUGCCUGAUGUUAAGGUACUUUUUGAGUUUACCUUGCUGCAGAAGGAGCUUUGGGGUUUUUUUUAAGCUAUGUUCUGACUGCCUUUGGUUUAGGUCAAGUUUGUUGAAAUUUACUUCAGAUGCUUGCUGCUGUACAGGAUAUCACCUCAUGGGCUAUUUCUAACAACUGCAUUUUCAUUCAGUGUAGUAUUAGAAUUCAAAUCUUUAACUUUUUAUUUGCUCAUUUCCAGAUGAUAAAUUUUAAAUGUUGACUGAGUUUUUCUAAUAAAUUUUUGUUUUGCACCUGCUUUUUAUGUAGUCCCAUAUUUGAUGGUGGUAAUGUAUCCAUGAGAUAUCUGUGGACAUUAGCAUUUAGUGAAUUGUCUGUAGAUGCUUAUUUAGCUCUAUUUCUGGAAAGUUUUCAGUGUAAACUAGUUUCUUGUAGACAUGUGCACCCAAUUGAACAACUUUGGCAUUUAACUCAUACUGAAAGUAGGCCAGAAACACAUACAUUCUUUGUGUUACAGGACCACAAUCACUACCGAUAUGAUUUCGUACUGUUAAAACUGUUAUAGCGGCCCGAAAGAAUAUUGCAGACUAAGAAAAAGGACCAAAAGAAAAAUGAAUUCUUGGGGCUAUUUUGUGCAUUUGAGUGACAUGGGCAAAGAUUAUUGGUUAUAUGUACUAACUAUACAGAUGAAUUUAUGUAAAGUUUAUUUUUGGUUAAUUGACCUACAGGUAUAAGUAUGAAAAAACUUUACAACCUUUACUGAGAUUAGAUAAUGUAACAAAAAGGCAUUUAUAAAGUUAAUAAAACAUUAAUUCUUGUAUGUUGGGCCAACAAACGUAUGUAUAUUGCUUUUUGGAUUAUCCAGGUUGGUUUUCUCAAAUAAAUUUUCCUCUUUGCAAUUCCUGCAAAAGGUGAUUGGGACUUGGAUAAUCAACAAUUGAUAAAGGAUUACUUAAAACUAGUCCAAAUACUUGUGCCUUGCUGGUGAACAACUUUUGUCAACCAGGUCUUAUUUCAUUAAACAUUUUCUGAUAGAAGAAGCAGCUAGAUCCACAAGCUAUUGAUCAUACUUGAUACAAAAAUAAGUGGUGGAAUUUAAAUGUGGGACCACCUUCUGUUAUUUCUGAAAAUGUAAGGAGUUUGACAAGACAAAAAAAAACUACUGACUCAAAUAUUGGUGAUCAUUACUACUGCUUUUUUGAACUUGGUCUGUACCAUUAUGGUUGUCAGUAAGUGAGCUUAAUAAAACAAUUCUAAAAUUUUAA